AUGGCUUCUGCACCCAAAUCCAAGUUCAGUGUCUAUCAAAACCCUUCCUUUUCCGCGGUUCUCACUUCCAACAGUCUUCAACCUUCCAAUUUCACCAUCCUUUCCAUCCUCUCCUUCUUCUCCGCUUCCGCAUUCGCCUUUCUCGCUAUCAUCUUCAGGGAAAACGGCUUCAUCGACAUUUUGAGCUUCAGAACCUUUUCCCCUUUAACAGCUUAUUGGCUUGCCAAGACCAUACAAGCUUUUGUAGGUUUUAUCUUGAUUGGAACUAUUUCUGCACUCCUCAAAGUUGUGUUUCUGCGUAGGGCUAGGUAUGCUGGAGGUGUAGUUGCAGCUAAGCCUGUGGUUGAUUCUAGCAAUGUUAAUAGAACUGAGAUUUUGCUAACCAAACAUCAACUAGGGCUUUUAGGAGUGAUGCCGAAGGUUGAUAUGGCUCAACCUGACUCGGCCAAGAAGCCUCCCAAGUCUAAACCCCAAUUGCCUUCUUCAGAUUUGCUUGUUCCCCUUCAUCAGCCGAUUCCCAGCCCCACUCGGGGCUCUUCGUCUCACAUUGAUGUGGAUGGUUCAAACUCUAACAGGGGUGCUGCUGCUCGUUCUAUUGGUACUCCCUCGAGGUCACCAGGUUCACCAUCGUUGUAUCUUGCGCCGGGUUUGGUUUCGCCACCGAGGGUUUCAAAUGGAGUGGACUCGGUUUCAAGUCCUUGGUCUAUCAGGCGAGCCUCCUCUGCUAGUAAGAUAACGUCAGAGGAAAAGCUGGAGAAAUUCCUAGCUGAAGUGGAUGAAAGGAUCAAUGUGUCGGCAGGAAAGAUGUCUAGCCCUCCUCCUACUGUUCCUGGUUUUGGGAUAGUGAGCCCUAGUACAGUUACUGGCUCAUCAAAUACCUCUGGAACUACAAGACUUAUGCCAUUGAGGCCUGUGAGGAUGUCUCCUGGAUCACAAAAGUUUAAAACUCCCCCUAAGAAGGGUGAGGGUGAGUUUCCUUCACCAAUGUCCAUGGAAGAAUCUAUUCAAGCUUUUGAACAUCUUGGCAUCUAUCCUCAAAUUGAACAGUGGCAUGACCAACUCAGGCAAUGGUUUUCUUCAGUUCUGCUCAAUCCUUUGCUUAACAAGAUUGAGACUAGUCACAUUCAGGUUAUGCAAGCUGCUGCUAAACUUGGUAUUUCUAUCACAAUUAGUCAAGUGGGCAAUGAUAUGCUGUCUACUCCUGCUACUUUGCCAACAAUUGAUAAGAGUCAAGACUGGCAAUCUGCCCUGUCUCUCAAUGAAGAUGGACUACUUCAUCAGUUACAUUCUACUCUUGUGCUGGCCAUAGAUUCUUCCAAAUCCAAGUUAUUUGUAUCUAAUAUACAGCAAUCCCCACAGCAGACUUCUUUAGUUCCUAUCAUGCAGGAUUGUGUGGAUGCUAUCACUGAACACCAAAGGCUCCAAGCCUUGGUUAAAGGAGAGUGGGUUAAAGGUCUGCUUCCUCAAAGCAGUGUUCGUGCUGAUUAUACUGUGCAAAGGAUCCGAGAGCUUGCAGAAGGAACCUGCUUGAAGAAUUAUGAGUAUCUUGGAAGUGGGGAGGUUUAUGAUAAAAAGAAUAAAAAGUGGACACUUGAGCUACCAUCUGAUUCUCACUUGCUGUUGUAUCUGUUCUGUGCUUUCCUAGAACAUCCAAAGUGGAUGUUACAUGUGGAUGCUAUGUCUUAUGCUGGAGCCCAGUCUGGCAAAAACCCAUUAUUCUUGGGUGUCCUUCCCCCUAAGGAAAGGUUUCCAGAAAAAUACAUUGCUGUAGUGUCUACUGUCCCUUCUGUGCUACACCCUGGAGCAUGUAUUCUAGCAGUUGGAAAGCAGGGCCCCCCAAUUUUUGCCUUGUACUGGGAUAAGAAACUGCAAUUUUCUCUUCAGGGAAGAACCGCACUUUGGGAUUCCAUUUUACUUCUGUGCCAUAAGAUUAAAGUUGGGUAUGGAGGUGUUAUCAGGGGCAUGCAUCUAGGUGCUUCAGCUUUAAGCAUUCUCCCGGUUAUGGAAGCAGAAUCCGAUGAUUAA